AUGUCUUGUCCUACGAUUCGCUCGAUGCGGUCUCCAAGUGUUUUUGUUCGAUUUUACCUUGGUGUCAUUACGCUUGAUGGAGUAACACGCCUUCAACAGGAGCUCGAACAAGAAUACGCGAGCAUCAUGGACAUCAUCUCCAAGCAAAAGGACUUUUACGUCCUCAACAAUUUCAGUAUGUGCGACAGCGAUGGACCUUCAGAGUCGACCCAUGAAGCUGCAAUAAGUAUCAUAAGCAGCGAAGAGUUCAAGCACGUUUUCAAGCAGCACCAGGAUAGCGAUGAUCUGGAUAAUGAUUAUGUGGCUUCACCGAAGCGGAAGGUGAACAGAGUCCUUUUUACUUUCUGCUUUCGUAACAUUACAUAA